CCGCCCGCCCCUAGAUUACACUCCUACUUGAGUUUCCUUGUGGCGAUAGUCUCCAUGAUUUGACAUCGGGUGGUUGGGAUAAGAUCUCGACAAGAGAAGAUAGACAACUGGAUGUAUGGCGGUAUAAUUUCGCCAUUAAGGCUGCGGACGCAAAUGGUGUUCAUUUUAGCCAUAAAUCACAUGGACUAGGGGGUCUUUUUCUAAGUACGUAUCAGCGGUUUACUUUGUAGCUACUUGCGGAAGAUGGAAAGUGCGCGGACUGUUGUGUCGGCCGUCAGGCUGGCAGAGGGCAGCUCCAUGGCGGUAGGCGCAGCGAAAUCCAGCUUGGACGCGGGUGGUGCGAAGUUAAAGAAACCAACUGGACUGGCUACCGCUCUCAGAUCGGUUGUGGAUGAUGGCGGUGGAGGUGAGUCCAAGACGGAGAACGGGGGACAGCUGGGUGCCCCUCGCGUGGAUGUAACGUUACGCAAAGGGAGUAAACAACCGCAGGCAGCUGCAGAGACAAUCGUCGCGAAUAAAACUACUGUCAGAACUUCAAAAAAUGGCCGCGGUUUAACCAGCAAUUCGAAUUCGUUGCUUUUAAAAAGGAGACGACUGAAGAGGAAUCUCUCCGCUGCAGCAGCCACCGCUGCCACCUCAGCUGUCUCUGCUGGGGGUGGAAAGAUGAACUCAGCCUCAUCUUCGUCGUCUUUGCACACACGAAGCCUUGAUAGGAAGACUUUGCUUCGGCACCGACAGAACAUGCAGUUGCAGCCAUCAGAUAGACAGUGGGUGCGCGCGGAUUUACACAGGGGAUCCAUACAUGUCCACGACAAACUCACGCCCUCAUAUCCUAGGCCGGUGUUGUGUACACUGGAAACUACGGCCGGUGAAAUAGCUAGUCGGCUAAGUCAACUAAGUAGUAAGUCAGGAUCUGUUGUACGUCUGGUAGGUAAAAUCUAUCCAACGACUGAUCUGAAUGGCAAUUGUAAUGGCAAGUAUAACUUUAACCACCCGCUGUGUAAACAUAAUGAAAAUGUAAGCUCGGGGUACAGCCAUUUGAGUCCCCCCAGACGCUCCGAAUACAGAGGCCGGCAGACAGACCAGCCAGGUGACCGAUUGAGACUCCUGCUCUUAGACAAGGAUGAUGAUGGGCACAGACCUGAAUUUGAUAUCAGUUUGUACUCGUCUGAUACCCAGUCAGACGACAAUAUCCUACACCACUCCUUGUGCGAUUUUAAUUCUAAUAUAAAUGCGGACACGCCGAAUGAUGACGAUUCAGAGAGGAGAUUCAAUGGGAAUGACAUCUGUGGGAGAAACUCUGGUUCAGACGUCGAGAGCAGCGCGUUCGACGACCUUAGUUCUGGGGCCCGACUUAGCGAGCAUCGGGACUCCCUUAGCGAUGACAUGAUCUUGGGCACGGAUGCAUCUGCUCUGAGCCCCACGUUUGACAGUGCCACAGAGGGCCUCGACACAUAUGGCAGUUCGUCUGAUGAAUUGGAGCAUGACUGCCCUUCGUCAAUCACAGCCACUGACACGUGCCCUCAAGAUCUUAGCAAAUACCCAAAUGGUAAAAACAACAGUGGCAGCAGUGGGAUAUUUGGCGAGCACUUAAACGACAGGUCAGGAGAUACUGAGACCGACAGCAGGCUCGAACCACAAUUUCUGGGCUGUAUGCCACAAAGCAGUAGCUCCAGUUCUUUGUCCAGGGCCUGUUCUACAGGUAAUACAACCGACACACAAGACCCCGACAGCCACCCUGGCAGUGAGGAAACUGGGUCGGCGGCAGACGAUGAUGCCACCCCGGCACUUUAUGUUCAGCUGCACGGCGAGGCUGCCAGGAGACUGGGCCGAGACGAGAGGCCUUUGCAAAUCCAGAACGACUUUCUCUUCAAGUUGGGAUUUAAGGACCCGUGGCGAGUGCAAGAGGAAGGCAUGAACACCGAAUUGGGCUCCUUGCUACGGUUUUACGCAGGGAAGCCCCACGGUAUCGAGAGCUCGGAGCGCGUGCAGCUCUCGGGGACAUAUAAUGUGCGCAAGGGGAAGCUGCAGCUGCCGGUGAACCGCUGGAGCCGUCGGCAGGUCAUCCUGUGCGGCACCUGCCUCAUGGUGUCCUCCGUCAAGGCCAGCCACACGGGCAAGAUGCAUAUCCUGCCCCUCAUCGGAGGAAAGGACGCAGCCACCCCUGAACAGAAGCCGCCGGCUUCAGACGCUACCGCACGAGCGAGCCUGCCGACAAGCCCGCGCCCGUCGCCUCAGGCACAGAGCCUGUUAUCAUCACUCAGGAGCAUAGAAUCAUUCUCUCUCUCUCUCUCUCUCUCUCUCUCUCUCUCUCUCUCUCUCUCUCUCUCUCUCUCUCUCUCUCUCAGGUUCACUCGAUUACGGAGUCUCAACCUGUCCAAUAACCACCUGGGCUCCUUCCCCCUGUCCAUCUGCUCCAUCUCCACGCUGACCGAGGUCAACCUCAGCUGCAACCACCUCACCUCCGUCCACAGUGCCGUGGGCAACAUGCACAAUUUGCAGACUUUCCUGUUGGACGGGAACCUGCUGUCGUCUCUGCCCAGCGAGCUGGGCUCCCUGCAGCGGCUCACCUACCUGGGCUUGUCCUUCAACGAGUUCCGGCAGGUUCCAGUGGUGCUGGAGCAGCUGGGCUCGGUGGAGCGGCUCUGCAUGGCCGGCAACAGCCUGAGUCAGCUCCCCCUACAGGCCUUCAGGCUGUUGCGCAUCAAAUACGUCGACCUAAGACUAAACAAGAUCUCCAGGCUAGUUCCGGACGAGCCAGACUUCCUGCGGCAUGUGAGCCAACUGGACUUGCGGGACAACGGCCUGACUGAGCUGGACGCGUCGCUGUUCCCGCGGCUGGAGGUGCUGCACUGCGAGAGGAACCGGCUCAGCAGCCUGCGCGUCAAGGGCUGCAUGCUCAAGGGCCUCUACGCCGCCCACAACGAGCUCCGAGAACUGGACAUCAGCCCGGCCGCCACCAAUCUCACCUACAUGGACAUCUCCAGGAACUGCAUGGAGAGUCUGCCUGAGUGGCUGAGUGAGAGUAAGAAACUGGAGGUCCUGGACAUCAGCCACAACCAUAUCAAAGAGCUGCCCCCAUGGUUAUUGUGCAGGAGCAGUCUGAGGAAGCUGCUGGCGGGUCAUAAUCGGCUGCAGAGGCUGCCUGACCGCGUGGAGCGCCCCCUCCUGGAGGUGCUGGACCUGCAGCACAACCUGCUGCUGGAGCUGCCCUGCAACCUCUUCCUCAAGUCUGACAGUUUAAGGUGCCUGAAUGCAUCGGCCAAUAAGCUCGAGAGCCUGCCCCCCUCCAGCCUAUCAGAGGAGAGCCACAGCAUCCUGCAGGAGCUCUACCUCACCAACAACCACCUGACCGACAAGUGUGUCCCGCUGCUCACUGGCCACACACACCUCCGAGUGCUGCACAUGGCCUACAACCACCUACAGACCUUCCCCGCCAGUAAAAUGGCCAAGCUGGAGGAGCUGGAGGAGGUGGACCUGAGUGGAAACAGGCUGAAGGCCGUGCCCACCACCAUCAUGAACUGCCGGCGCAUGCACACCCUCAUCGCCCACUCCAACAACAUCGAGGUCUUCCCCGAAGUCAUGCAGCUCAUGGACAUGAAGUGUGUGGACCUGAGCUGUAAUGAACUGAGUGAGAUAACCCUUCCUGAGAAUCUGCCUCCCAAACUCCAAGAGCUGGACCUGACGGGUAACCCCCGCCUCAACUUGGACCACAAGACGCUGGAGCAGCUUAACAACAUUCGGUGUUUCCGUAUCGACCCGCCCCCUACCUCCUUCUCAGCCAAUGAGGCUUCAGGGGGGCCGGCUGUGUGGAGUCAUGGGUACACAGAAGCAUCAGGAGUCAAAAACAAGCUGUGCGUGGCAGCGCUGUCGGUGAACAGUUUCUGCGGUAACCGCGAGGCUCUGUACGGAGUGUUUGACGGGGACAGGAACGUGGAGGUGCCCUACCUGUUGCAGUGCACCAUGAACGACAUCCUGGCCGAGGAGCUGCACAAGACCAAGAGCGAGGAGGACUACAUGACCAACACCUUCCUGGUCAUGCAGAGGAAACUGGGCACGGCGGGCCAGAAGCUGGGCGGUUCGGCGGCACUCUGCCACAUCCGGCACGACCCCACUGACCCGGCCGGCUGCUUCACGCUCACCGCCGCCAACGUGGGCAAGUGCCAGGCCAUACUGUGCCGCGACGGCAAACCACUGCCCCUCUCCCUGCAGCACAACAUCAGCCUGCCCGAAGAGUACAACCGCAUCCGCCAGCACAAGGCCAUCAUCACCGAGGACAACAAGGUGAACGGCGUGACGGACUGCACGCGCAUCAUGGGCUACUCCUUCCUGUAUCCGUCAGUCUUGCCGCGGCCGCACGUGCACACGCUGACCCUGACGCCGCAGGACGAGUUCUUCGUGCUGGGCAGCCGCGGGCUGUGGGACGCCGUGUCGCCGGCCGAGGCGGUGGAGGCGGUGCGCACGGUGCCGGACGCGCUGGCCGCCGCCAAGAAGCUGUGCACGCUGGCGCAGGGCUACGGCUGCACGGACAGCCUGAGCGCCGUGGUGGUGCGCCUGAGCGUCACCGAGGACUGCUGCUGCUGCUGCUGCUCGGCCGUGCUGCCCCACCACGCGGCGGUCAACGCCGCCGCCCCCGUCGGGGGUCAGCCGCAGCACCAGCUGCACACGCACCACCACCACCACCCUCAGCCGCCCCCGAGCCCGGGCCUGUACCCGCCGGGCAUGGGGAUGGGCAUGGGCGCAGGGCACCAUCACCACCACCACGGCGGCAUGCCCGGCCAGCCGUCGUCGGGCAGCGAGCUGAGCAGCGAGGUCAGCACGUCGGAGAUGAGCUCGGAGGUGGGAUCCACCGCCUCGUCGGAUGAACCGCCGCUGCCGCCACUGUUGCUGACCGCUGAUGCCCACCUGCCGGCGCACCUGCAGCACCAGCACGGCGGAGGAGGUGUAGUGGGCAGCGGAGGUCCGGCACCCCUGGCGUCCUCCCGCAACGGCGGCGGUUGCUGUGCGCUCCACGCCGCCUGCCUGCUGCCGGCCGCCUUCCAGCGGCAGCUGUCCAGCACCACCUUCUGCAGCAGCGGCGGGGGCGGGGGGGGCGCGCUCUCCGACAACGCGCUGGACAGCGAGGACGAGGAGCCCAUCGCCGGCGUCUUCUCCAACGGCAGCCGCGUGGAGGUGGAGGCCGACGUGCACUGCCGCGGGGUGGGACACGCUAGCCCCACCGACUGUUCCAACGCCAGCCCUCUCAGCGCCGCCGCCUCGGUCAUCUCCACUGAAGACGCCGCUGCCGUUACCGCUGCUGAUGCUGAGCCUGCCGAUGCUCCGGUCACUAUCGAGGAGGCCACUGGAGCAGCUCCUGCCUGCGUGUCCGUCGACGCGGACGUCGGAGGAGGCCCCCCCGAGACGCCCGAGAUGCAGCCUGCCGUCAACGAGACGGCCGUCGCGGAGACCGCAUCCGUCUCCUCCUCCACCGCUUUUCCGCAGUCCAUCCCGGAGGCGCUGGACGAGGCGUCGGACAUCACUGCGCAGGGCGAGGUGGAGAGCGGCACAGAGAGGGAGCGGGAAAGCGUCCAGGCAGCGGCCGCAGCCGUGGCGAUGGAGAGAGAGCAGGGCGGAGGAGCGGAGCAGGUGAGGACGCUGGGCCGGCGCGCGCGCGGCAACGGCUCGGUGGCGCCGCAGGAGCGCAGCCACAACCUGAUCGAGGUGGCGGCCGAGGCGCCGUGCCGCAAGCCGGGCGGCUACUUCACCGCGCCGGCGCAACCGGACCCCGACGACCAGUUCAUCAUCCCGCCAGAGCUGGAGGAGGAGGUCAAGGAGAUCAUGAAGCAGCACCAGCAGGAGCAGCAGAGGCCAGCGGGUGGAGGUGGCAGCAGCAACGGCAACGAGCAGCCCAGCGACUACUACGAUACGCCGCUCUGACUCACACACACACACACACACACACACACACACACACACACACACGUACAUGCACACUGCCCUGAGCUAUACAACACACUCUCACAAGCACACAGACACAGCAUGGGGAGCUGUGUUAAACACAUGCUAACACCAUGGUGAGAGGUGAAAUGCACACACUGAUGAACUCUUACCUACUGCUAUUGCGCGCGCACACACACACACACACACACACACAACACACAACACACAUAUGCGCAUACUGAGCACUUUUUUCCCCCCCUUGCAUUCAUGUGCACGCCUCAGACUGCUGACUCAAACACACAAACACACCACAUGAAAAAUUUAACUCACUCAAUCAAAAAUAUCUAUCAAUCAAUUUGCUUUCAGCACCACUUUAAAAGCUAUAUAUUAAUUAAAUAUAUAUUGUGCACAACUAAACAUUCCAGAGAGGAAAUACACACACACAUGCACACACGCACACCCUAGAGCAGCAAAAAUACUGCAACCCUCUGCACUCUUUGAGUUUGCAGAAAGACCACACCACUGGAGAACCUCGCACCUGAGCAGCCAAUCAGAGGCAGGAGUCCACCUCCUGUGAGGUGAAGAGGAGAGUAUAUGGCGAGCGAAGAUAAUAUCCCUUUAAAAGACUACAAGUCCCAGAGUGACCUGCACACUGCUGUGCCUCACCCUUUAAAACGAAUAGAGCAGUUCACUACUGAUCACGUCACAAGACUGUCACCACCUAUUUCACACUGGCCCACAGAUAUCUCUCUUUCAGUCAACACUAGUCUCAGCAUCUCAGCAUUCAGACGUCUUGCGUUUUUAUUUUCGUUUUUAUUUUUUUAUAUUUCGUUCUUUUUUUUACCAACCAUAUCGUUCAAGUCGAGGAAAGCAGACUGACUUUUAAGAGCAAAAAAAAGAAAGAAAAAAAACAACAGAAAAAAAUCUACAGAAUCUUUUUAUGAUGCAUAAAUUUGUGUUUGUAUGGUACACGUCUGUAAUACCACGCUUACCUGUUGUAGAUAGGGCACUUAAAUGAUACUGUAUUUCAGUAAAUUUUGGCUUUGGGCCUGUAAAAAGAACAUAGAAAUUUAGUAGAAAUUUGAAAGACUAACUCCUAGGAGUUGUUUACUCUUUAUGGUGACCUAGUCACUUCUUACUAAUCUUCUCUGAGAGAAAUGGUGAUUUUUUUCCAAUGAUUGUAAAUAAGACAUUGUAUACUGAUGCUUUUUAAAGGAACUGUGUGCGUCCGUGACAAGCCUCACCCUCUCGUAUGCGUUCAGGCUCACACACAGCCACACGUAAACCAGACACACUGACACUGCGCACACACACACACACACACAUUCAUGCACAGUAUACAAAUAUACUGCCAAAUGGCAUUUAGACAUCUGGUUCAGUUGUGUCCCUACAACGGACCUUUUACACACACACACACAAACACACACAUUCACACAAAUACAGUUUCAAGAAGCAGUUUCAUCUCCUAAACCUCUUGUCACCAGCAUGACUGUGUCAAGUUCAGUACUGCAAACCAGUUUAUCUAUAAGAAAUUGUACUCAAGCAUACCACACAGAAAACGUUCCUGUAUUUGUUACAAUAAAUUCUAAAUUUAUGAUGAUAAGAGA